AUGGAUUCUGGAUUAGGGAGCGAGGAAGAGAUACCACUUCUGUCGCGGCCGUCGCUAACGCCAAGGGGACACAGUUGGCCAAACGCUUGCCUUCUUCUUCUCCUAUUUGUCCAGACAUUAGGACUCUAUCAAGUUGAUGAGGUUGGAAAGCACGAUCGUAUGAAGUUUUUUCAACAUAAUGAAUUACCCGGACAACGGUCUUGGUUGCUGAUUUUGGCUGUGAUGCUGUAUAUUUUACCUCUUGCUAUCGCGAUUUUCACGGACACUAUUACUGGACGCCGUUGUGCAAUAUGCAUUGGUCUUGGGUUAAAAACUUCAGGAAGUCUCAUCUUGUUCAUCGUGAUUCUGUUAUUUGAAUCGCUUGGCAACCUUGAUCAAAUGGCGGUGAAAUCCCUGACAGGAGCGUACGGAUUUGGCGGGUUACUGUUCAUAGUCGGGAUGAUGUUCUUGUUGCCAGGCUUAAUGGCCUUCACAGCGGAUCAAGUUGAGCAAACGCCAGGGAAUGUGUCAUCGAACAUGAGAUGGGUGUGUUGGACCAGUUUAUUAGCACUGGCCGCUCUUGAUGGAUUAUUUGCCCUUCAACCCCCAAGUUUAGAAGAACACCGCUACUAUCAGACAAUACGUCAUGCCAUCAUGUUCGGAAGUGACGCCAUAUCUAUUACCAUGUUCCUGUUCCUGCGAUCUGGUUUCAACAUAUCGAUACCAGCCAGAGCUUCCAGAGACAACGCGGCGGAGGCCACGGAGGCAAUACCGCCGACUGGAAGUUCAGUAUGA